GAAUGAGAUUCAUCCUCUCAUACUCCACAGCAUCUAGCAUCCUGCCGACUGUGUGAUGGUUUUCAUCCCUUUGGGGUUAAGGACAGAACUCAGGUCCUUGAGCAUGUGUGGCAUAGGCCUUGUAUUAAGUAGGUGCUCAAUAAAUACAGAGAGCCGGGCGGUGGUGGCACACGUCUUUAAUCCCAGCACUCGGGAGGCAGAGGCAGGCGGAUCUCUGUGAGUUCGAGGCCAGCCUGGUCUACAAGAGUUAGUUCCAGGACAGGCUCCAAAACCACAGAGAAACCCUGUCUCGAAAAACAAAAAACAAAACAAAACAAAACAAAACAAAAAUACAGAGAUUUGAGGCAGGCAGCUCCUAGGGCUCAGCUCCGUGACUUCAGCUCCCAGUUUUCCCCAUAUAAUUCCUGGAGUUUGUUUUUUGGUUAAUGAUGAUAAUACGAUUACCUGCUAAACCUUUUACCCAUAUUACCCUCGUUAACUCUCAUGGCGGUUAAGGUUAAUCAAUUAAUUUUUGAGUGUUGAGGAUUAACUUAAGAUCUUGCACAUGUUAGGCCAUUGGGAGGAGUCAUACCCCCGGCCCUCUCUUAGCUUUUUUCUUUCUUCUUGUGUUGUUAUUGUUUUAAUAUUUAUUUUCAUUUUCUGUGCAUUGGUGAUUUGCACACAUGUGUGUCUGUGUGAGGCUGUCAGAUCUUGGAGUUACAGACAAUUGUGAGCUGCCGUGUGGGUGCUCUGGAAGACAAGCAGUCGGUGCUCCUGACUGCUGAGCCACCUCUCCAGCCCCCUUGUCACUGUUUUGAGAUAGAGUCUCACUGUCUUCAGCAAUCUUCCUUCCUCAACCUCACAGGCACUGGGGUCGAUAGCAGGUGUGCUACCUCUCCUGGCUUUGAGGAAACAAUUUUAGGGAGGUUAAGGUAACAAAGCUAGAGCUGGCCUGGAGAAAUGCUGCUCAAAUAUGACAGGGAGAGAGAGCACUUGGGGACAGAGUUGUCCCCACCCUGCUCUCUGACUUGAGGGGCAAGUGGUUUGUACAACUCACCACUAGAGAGGGUAGGGGUGUGGCAAUGGUGUAUGCAUCUUGGGUUGCCACUGCUGUACCUGUGGGUGUCCACUUGGGGCAGCUAGUCAGCCAGAGGAAGAUCAGCAGAGACAAAUUAGUCAUCAUGUACCAGGAAAGAGGCCCCAGAGGGACCUCCGAAGGCAUCCCUGGGCUCUCCGAGGGGACAUUGGCAGAGAAUUUGAGAGAUUUCCAGACUCCUCAGUGGGAACCCAGGCUGAGGGACUCUGAGAAGCCCUCUGAUGGCGAGACCCUUGUAGAGUCCCCAGAGAAGCCCUCAGAGGAGCUCUCCAAAUGCCACUGUUGUGGAAGAGUCCCCGAUUGAGACCAGAAAUACAGGGGACCUCCAGCAGGUGACACAGAAGAGAGGCUGGAUAUGUGCUCUGAAGUCAGCCUUAGAAGGGAAUUUUGACUCUAGGCCCAUGCAUUCCUUCUGUUGACCCCCAGUUUUUUCACCAUGGUCUGUCCUUCCCCAUGACUAUAGAUCCUAGGUCCUGGGCAGGUGAGGAGGGUAGUUGGGUUGGUCAUAGUCCCAUGAAGAACAGUUUAGACUCCCCUGGGGGUUCCUGGGUAGUAGAUUGGAGGGCUGGUGUUGACAUGCUAUUCAGGGAAGGGGGGUAGAAUUUUUGAGGGAGGGAGGAGGUAGCAGCCCAACCAGUUUGGAGAGUUUGUUACCUGCCAGGGAACGCCUUUGAGCCUUGCACAUGUGUACCCUGGGCUGCUGCAAGGCGCUGGCAGGACAUCAGGUGAAGGCUCAGAGCAGUUGGUUCCCAGUCCCAGAGUGCACUGCUCUGGCCUUCCUUCCAGCCCUUUCAUCCGCAUGCUGUCAGGACUGGCUUGGCUCUGGGCUUCAGCAGGCCCAGCGUUCCUAGCCAAAUUAGCUCUGGUUGGGAGGGAGAGGAGAGAAGAGUCAAAGCACAGAGACCCUGGGGAUCUCUUUCAGACUCCUCAUCCAGCAAACCCACCCUUAGCAACCCUUCCUUCUCCUCUCACUGUAGACUCCCCCUUCUUCCCUGCCUCCUGGCUGCUAGGUUCCCUCCCUCCCAGGUGUGAUUACUUCUGCACGCCUUGUCUUCACUCUCUUCUCUCCCCUCCCUGUGACCCUGCAAGGCUAUCUUGUGCCAGGGGUAUCCCAUACCCAGCCCUCCAUGACUUCCUCCUCGCUGUCUGGGUGGUGACUGAGUCUAGAACUCUAGAGGGAGGGUGGGGCGCACAAAGCUGGCUCCCAGCCCAGGAGGCUGCAAUAGUUGGGGUGGCUGAGGGAUAAGGCCCUGGCCCUGCCCCUGCCUGCUCCUCCCUUCCCCCAGGUAUAAGAGCUGAGUUCAGGUGAGCUGGCUCCUCCAUCCUGUCUCUGCAGCUGCCAGCAGUCCUCCCUGCUCUAGGCAGAUCAUGAGCCAUCAGCUCCUGUGGGGCAGGCUAUAGGACAGACGACAAAAGUAACUCACCGGAGGACCAGUGUACCAGACACCAUGGGACAGUGUCGGUCAGCCAACGCUGAGGAUGCCCAAGAAUUCAGUGAUGUAGAGAGAGCCAUCGAGACUCUCAUCAAGAACUUCCAUCAGUACUCGGUGGAGGGCGGAAAGGAGACGCUGACACCUACUGAACUCCGAGACCUGGUUACCCAGCAGCUGCCUCACCUCAUGCCGAGCAACUGUGGGCUAGAAGAGAAAAUUGCCAACCUGGGCAACUGUAAUGACUCGAAACUGGAGUUUGGAAGCUUCUGGGAGCUGAUUGGAGAAGCAGCCAAGAGUGUGAAGAUGGAGAGCCCUGUUGCUCGGAGCUAAGAGCUUGUGCUUGGAACUUGUUGGGGGUCUUGGGGGUAUUGGAGGUAGGGGAUUCUAGAGGUCCUGGGCAUGGAAAUAAAACUUCUCUCUACCCUAACCCCCCCCCCCCACUCGCCAGCCUGCACCUCUCCUCAUUGCUGUGAGGUUCAGGCUCAGGACAACCUUCCCUUGGGCUCUGUGCCCUCCUCUAGGGUGCUCUGAGGAGCUCCUGGGUCCAAGUCCUCAUCCCAGGGGAGCUCAGGGGGUGGGCUGGGGCUGGAAAGGUAUGCAGGGAUCCUGGUGGGGGAAGGGCCAAACCCUAGGUAGUAGGGGAAGGGCAGAAUGGACUAUGGGAAGUGAUCUGAAGAGUGGGUGGGGAAGCUGGCCGGGCGUCUGAGAGCUGACCCCUUCCAGUGUUGUCCAGUGAAGCUGUAGCUGUCUGCCUUUUGCCGUCCUUGCUGCUUCCAGCUCUGCCCCAUCCUCCUCCCAGUAGGAUCAGGGGCAAACAAGAGCAGAGCAGCAAAAGGGGCGAAGGAGGGCAUGGCUUCAGGACUUCGGGGUGAGAGGACUAGCUAGGUGCUUGGGCA